GCACACGCAACCAUGGACUCGGACCCGCUAAGACAUCUCGAGUUCUUCUCGAUGCCCAAUAACCAGACGGUCAACCCGGUCGACCAGCCAUUCAUGACCAGCACCUCGGCUCAGGCACCACCAAUAUGGAACACCACCGGUAUGGGCCUGGAUGGUGGCAUUUCUAUGUCACCUUCCACAGCACCAACCCCUCCGUCACUGGAUUCCAUCGCCCAGCCCUCCUCGCUCACCGGCUUCAACAGUAUCCCGCCAGGCAUUUCUUCCGCAUCCCAAGCUUCAACCCACAGCAGGCAGCCGCGGCCAGUAUUGCCAGCACGAGGCGUGCGGAGGGACGCCCACGAGCGGAAACGGUCAAGGCUCAGUAUGGACGCAACGCCGCUAGAUUCUGUGGAUUACUGGCUGGAUUUCGACAAGGAUGAGGGGCUGGCCAGUAUUCCCGAGGGCGUUGAGGCUUCUAGACGUGAGGGAGAACUAAGACCACCUGUAAAGCGGAGUUCCAGAAACACUGCGCAUGCGGGGGGUAGGCUAAAACACGAGGAGAUGAUGGACGACAGCGCGUUGGACAAUGCUCUCUCGGAUGACGACGACGACGAUGACGGGUUUUCUUCGAUUAAUCUUGCCGACCACAUGUCCAUGAUCGAAUCUGCGCCACCACCCGAGGUUCCGCCGCGGGAAGGGCUCUACUCGACGCCGCUUAGCUGGGAACGACCGCAGCCGGGCCUGCGCAUGGACUCUUUGAUUGGUCUUAACAAUCAGGCUUUGAACGAGGCGGAGCAGAGGAGGCUAAUAGCGAUUGCCAUGAAUCCGGGGUCGAGUAUGGGAGGGUUAGGGUCGAAUCUGAACUUGAAUUUUACGGGAUUGAACCCGGGGAUGAGCACACCUUUUACGGCAGGGGGUUCGGGCAGUGGAAGUAUGGGAAUGGGAAUGGGCAUGGGGACGGGAAUGGGGAUGGGAAUGGGGAUGGGUGGCGGUAUGGGUGGCCCAAAACCAGUGUCACCGCCCCAUUCGACGACACCUCACCCGAAACCGGGAUCUUUGCACCAGCCAAAACGACAGGGCAGUGUCAGUGACAGCAAGGCCAAGGAGAAGGUCAAGGCGGCAGGAGGGGACCGGACGGCGCAUAACGAUAUCGAGAGGAAAUACCGGACGAAUUUGAAGGAUAAGAUCUCGGAGUUGAGAGAUGCUGUUCCAUCGCUGAGGACGAUACCUGAAAAUGAGGAAGGGGAGGACCCGAAUCAGCCGUCGAGGGCGCCUAAAGUCAGCAAGGGUGCGGUCCUGACUAAAGCAACCGAGUACAUACACUGGCUCGAGCGUCGAAACAAGCAGAUCGUGCAGGAACACCGCGAGCUCUCGAGACGGUUGCAGGCCUUUGAACAACUUUUGAACGCGACGGCAAGACCGCAGUACAUGAUGCCGACGUAUAGUAGGACGCUUUUCGAUCCGAGAGGGUUCUGUUGA